AGCAGCCUGACAUUGCCUCGACCAAUAGCGUGAGUUCAGGGCGGGGCUAUUUGUUUCCCUGACUAAUAGCAGGUGGGGGCGUGUUCAGAGAAACCUGUGCGAAAACAGUCACUAUUUUUGCAAUUCCGUUUGGUGACGGUAGGGGUACACAAAAGUGUGAGUUCUGCAAUCUAAUAAUAUACAGUAAAAGCAGCAAAUGCUUAAAACUUAAUUUUUCUUUAAUAUAAUUACAUUCUUAAAGACUAUAUUUCAAACUUAAAGGCCUAUAUAAAAAAAGUGUACGGAAUUUUACAAAGAAUUGUUGCUGUGCCUGAUGUACAGUUUUUUUUCCUCCCUUGAGUAUCGCCGGCGAACCUGCGUAAAAACAUCACUGAGCGUAGUCUGCGCUGGGAUCUUGUCGGGGUCCUCGGUACCACCACCCCGAAACAUGGAUAAUCCAUUCUGACCGCUUGACUACAGCGGCCGUGUUCUGAGAUCGCUCGUUCGGGGCUACGCCCACACUGAGCUCCUGAUCCUAGGGCAGGCAGGCAGAGUGUAAAAUGGCGCACAGCUGUCGGUGGCGGUUCCCUGCUCGGCCCGGAGGGAGCAGCAGCUCGGGCACCGGGAGAAAAGCGGGCCGAAUUCGAGUCAAUGCUUCCCUCCUAAACAGCGCGGGGACUAAUCCGAACGCGAACGGGCUCGGGCCCGGUUUCGACGCUGCGUUGCAAGUGUCCGCUGCCAUCAGCAGCAACCUGCAGAAAUUUCGGGAUGUUUUGGGGGAGUCGAGCGGCUCCAGCAGCGGGGAGGAGGAAUUUGGAGGCUUUACCACAGUCAGUGACUACAGAAGAAUACACAGCCCAGGAAGGACGUUAAUAGGUCCUGUCACACCGGAAAAGAAGCCCAGAGGACGUCCUCCUAGGGCUCAGGCUGCACAGAGGUUUGGCACUGGUAUCGAGAAAGCUCCUUUGCCGGUCGCCACAGCUCCUACAGAGAAGGUAAAAAGACCACCAGGGAGGCCUCCUGGCACUGGAGAAAAAAAAAGAGGCCGCCCUCCUGCUUCUGCCAGCCAAAGGAGCUGGCAACAGAGCGGCCAUGCACUGUCUGAAGAUGGUAAUGACGCGGUGUUGGAGUGCAGCUCCAGUCCUCCACAUUGCAAGGAAGGUGUGGAGGACGAAGACAAGGAAAAAAGGCAAACUCCGCUUGGGUCUGGGCAUCAUCAGGGAACUGAGGCUAAGCUUCACAAAAUCAGCCGAGAGUCCAAGGUGACCAAACUGAAAAGACUGCGGGAUGUCAAACUGAGCCCUCUGAAGUCUAAGCUGAAGGCCAUUGUGAAGAAGAGUGUUCCAGUUCCUGGUGUGCAAAGAAGAAAGCGGGGCAGGCCGCCUUCUGCCGAGCGCCUCAAAGCUGAGGCUGCUGCUGCUGCUGCUGCGCAGGCUGCUAAUGCCUCCUCGGUCCAGGAGAUGUCCACCACAGCAUCUGGGACUGCCAAACAUAAGGCCUUCAGGAUUCGUCGGGAACAAGAAUUGGGUGCCUGCACUCCACGUGAUCUUAAGCUCAGGGCUUCUCAUCCUGCUGAUGAAUGCACUAGCCCAGAUCCCCAUGACUCCUCUACAACAGUCAACCCAGUGACCCCAAAUAAACCCGGGAGGCCGUUAGGGUUACGUCAGAGCCCUCGCCAUAUCAAACCUGUGCGGGUCGUUCCUCCCUCCAAACGCACUGAUGCCACUAUUGCAAAGCAGCUGCUGCAGCGGGCAAAGAAGGGGGCCCAGAAGAAGAAACUAUUGGCAAAAGAAGCUAUUGGCACCCAGGGAACUGCCAAUCCUGAGGGUGGGAAGCACAGGAGGCGAACACAGCUAACAAACAUCAGACAGUUUAUCAUGCCUGUUGUGAGCACUGUGUCCUUGCGCAUCAUCAAGACUCCAAAGCGGUUUAUCGAGGAUGAGGGCAGUUUCAGUACUCCACCAACACACAUGAAAAUUGCUAGAUUGGACACGGCAGCUUCUGCCCCAGCACCUCAACCCAUAGCAUCAUCCUCCCCAGCUCUUGUUUCCACAGCUCCCAUCACAAGUGGAACCACUGCCACACCCGGGGCAGGGCCUGCUGUUGACUCUCUCCCUCCUCCCCCACCUCCUGUCCCAACUGGCAGUGCCACUGCCAUUGCAGCUAGUCUCCUUAACAGCAGCUGCAACAAUAGCACUAGCAACGGGCGCUUCAGUAGCAGUGCUGCAUCCUGUGGCUCCAGCGCUGUUUCGCAGCAUUCCUCUCAGCUCUCUUCUGGCGAGUCAUCUCGAUCCAGCAGCCCUAGUCUUGAUGACUCCUCCUGUGAUUCCCAGGCCUCUGAGGGCACCCAGGCCCUUUCGGAAGAGGGCGAUCAUUCCCCUGCCUCACAGGGAGAGACGGAGGCCAGCAUGCACCACACCUCACACCCACCCUCACCACCCUCAGAGCCGGAGCCAGAGCAUGUAGUAUUGAUGGAGCACAACAGACGUGGUCGCAAAGCUCAGAGUCAUAGGAGGGGUGCUUUAGUCGCACGUGGUCGGGGUAGCCUGAUUGGUGGAAGGAAACAGGUCAUCAUCAGCCCGGCCACAGGGGUUUCACAAGCUGGAUCUCAGCAAGCCUCUUCCACUGCAUCGUUGUCCUCUUCCCCACCACCACCUCCUCUUCUUAGCCCUUCUCAGCCUCCCCAGGCAGCUUCAUCCAAUGCAUCUGAGCAUCACUCCCACUCUCCAUGGAUGAUGUCACAUUCCAUUGCCCCUUUUCUGCCCACCCCUCCAAUACUUUCCAGCUCUCAUGACAAACGUCGCUCCAUACUACGAGAGCCCACUUUCCGCUGGACGUCUUUGUCAUGUGCAGAAAAUAAGUACUUCUCCUCUGCUAAGUAUGCAAAGGAGGGCCUUAUCCGCAAACCCACUUUCGACAACUUUCGUCCUCCUCCUCUGACUGCUGAAGAUGUGGGACUCAUGCCACCAGGGCCUGGUGGAGGUGGCGUUGCACCAGGAGGAUUCCCAGCACCUGGUGGCGCAUCUGGGACAAGUACCAGACUUUUCUCCCCCCUGCAUCAUCAUCCUCACCACAAUCACCACCAGCACCCCUCAUCACGGAUUGAAACGCCACUCCAAAAGCGCAGCCCCCUACUACGCCCCCCUUUCUUCACUCCAAGUCCGGCUCAUUCCCGCAUCUUUGAGUCUGUCACCCUCCCAUCCUCCUCAGGGAGCAGCCCUGGCUCUCUGUCUCCCCUUCAGGUCUCACCAACAUCAAACAAAAAGAGAAAGGGGUCUAGGUUCUCACGUGGACAACCCAGGUCACCUUCACACUCUAUGACUACCAGGAGCAGUCAGUCAGGUGUUCAAACAGGGAAGGCCUCUGAACAAUCUAUGAUUAGCAGUUCUGUUCCCAUAAGUGUGACUGGAAAUUCCAGCCCAUUGCCUGGAGUUGCAGUCAGUGCACUUGCUCCCAGUGCCUUAAAUCAAGCUUCUUUCAGCAGCUUCCCCUCAGGCUCCAUUGGUCUUACAAGCCAUGGAGUUUCAGAUGGGCGGCGAGCAGCAGGAGGUCUUGGUGUGAGUGGGAGUUCUGCUUCAUCUUCACAGCUCUUCCCUCUUUUUACCCCCAGUCCUCAAGGAUCAGGUGGGGGUACUGGAAAAGCAGGAAGGGAACGGAGUGUUUCUGCUACUAGAGACACAGGUACAAAGGAGAAGGACAGGGAGACGGAGAAGAGUAGAGAGCGUGAAAAGGAAAACAAAAGAGAUGGAAGGAAAGACUGGGAUAAAAGAGGGAAAAGCUUUCCAUCAGAGGCUUCCCCCAAUUCUACAUCCAGCCUCUUUGCGGUGGAGGCCAGGGACAUUGAAGAAUCUCUCACACAAAAAAGGACACCUGGUCGAAAGAAGUCAGUCACAGUUGACUCUGGUGCAGAGGCCUCCCCAAGCGACUCGGCAGCAGUUCAACCUGUUGGGGCCUUGUCAUCCAAGGGUCGUCUGGCCAAAAAAGGCAGACCUUCAGAAAAGAGUAUUGAAGCGGAGGGGGUAGAGAGGGAGAAGAACAAGGAGAAAUUGAGUGCUCUUACCCAAGCGGGGCAGAUGGGAAAACCCCCUGCAACCACAUCACUGGGCUCUGUGUUAGCUCGUGCCGAGAAACAGCCAGUCACAGACAGGCGUGUUGCAGGACUGCUGAAAAAAGCUAAAGCUCAGCUCAAUAAGUUAGAAAAGAGAGGGGUACAACCUGGUGAUCAACCUAAAUUACCGGGUCAAGAAAGUGACUCCUCUGAGACGUCAGUCCGUGGUCCACGCAUUAAGCAUGUGUGUCGUCGUGCAGCUGUAGCUCUGGGUCGCAAUCGUGCCGUGUUCCCAGAUGAUAUGCCUACCCUUAGUGCCUUGCCAUGGGAGGAGAGAGAAAAGAUCUUGUCUUCCAUGGGAAAUGAUGACAAAUCAUCAGUGGCGGGAUCAGAGGAGGCGGAGCCACCCACACCUCCUAUUAAGCCAGUAACGAGGCAGAAAACGGUCCAUGAGGCCCCACCCAGGAAGGGCCGGCGCUCUCGACGCUGCGGGCAGUGUCCAGGCUGCCAAGUCCCAAAUGACUGUGGGGUCUGCACCAACUGCUUGGAUAAGCCCAAAUUUGGGGGGCGCAAUAUUAAAAAGCAGUGUUGCAAAGUGCGGAAGUGUCAGAACUUGCAAUGGAUGCCGUCAAAGUUUCUUCAGAAGCAGGCGAAAGGUCAGUUUUCUGAGAAUACCUUAUUAUAA